AUGUCUGUCGACAUUCCUCUCGCCGUUGCCUCGCCUUCACCGCCAGUCACAAUCAUGUCUGCCCCACCAUCGUCCAGCUCGAACUCGAGCGUCACCAGCCUCGCGGCUCUGACAGACAGCGUCCCUACCGCGGACGUGGACCCUCAAAUCCUCGAGGCACUCACCGGGAAGGAUAGAAUCUAUGUGCUCAAACUCGGAGAGAGCAUGGAGAACCUAAUCAACGAUCGCACUCAGUCAAGACAACGAAUAGACCUCACUCCCGCCACAACUUACCAGCGAAUGCUCGUCCACCGCUGUGCCGCUUACCACAACCUCGCUCCAGAAACGGACUCUUUGACGAAAGUCAUUAGUGUUGUAAUAACCGCAGAAAGCCGAAUUCCCGCUCGAAGAAUUGCGGACUUGUCCCCACCACCAGUCGAAACACCGCCCAAAUUCAAAAUUAUGAUGCGCAAACCCAUGUCGCAGGCGUCGUCUGUCACAGGCGACGAUGGUGAUGUCUCAGACGUCGAGGCAUCAGAGACGGGUAGUCUUGGCGGCAGGAGCUCUGCUAGCGCCAGCAAACCACGCAUGACAAUGGAGGAGCGAACUGCCGCCUACAACGAAGCACGUAAUCGCAUCUUCAUAGACUUCGACGAGAAAGAUCAGAGUUCGGCCUCCUCCUCUGCUUCGCUCGUCUCAUCAACGAGUGCCAGUGGGGAUGAUCCUGGCUCCCCAGCAACAGAGAGUGAGUGGUCUGGCCCUUCCACCAAAAAGCAGCCUCCACAUCGAGCCAAUUCUGCUUCGUCGUCACGAUCACUCCGUAGCUCAGCCCCAACAUUCAUGUCAGCAAAUGGUUCUUCGUCGUCACGCAACUCUCGUGCGCCAUCCCCCGCUUUCAAGUACCCGACACUCUAUGAACCUCCUCCAUUAAAUGGAAACAUGUCGAUGGCUGUACCGCCUUUUGAUGGACCUCACCAACCAACUCCCGGAUUCCAUGGACCUCCUCCUCCACAACACCAGCAGCCCGCAAUGCAAUAUUACCCGUAUCCUCCUCCAAUUCCCCAAGGUCAACCACAACCGCAACAACCCUUUAUGGCGCCGUAUCCAUAUUACGCGACAUAUGGCCCUUACUCCCAUCCGCCCACCCCAGGCUCUGACCCAGAAAUGUAUCCCUAUAAUCACACUCCUCCUUACUGGAACGGGCCGCCUUAUCACCCACAGCAAAACGGUGGCAACUCACCGCCACCACAAAAUCCUCAGCAUCACAUGAACGGUUCACCACCCCCGAUGCCGCCCUUCAAUAACUUCGGCAGCCUCCCAAAUCCACCUCCAAACUUUGCUGUGAAUGGGUAUGAUCCCAACUCGUCGCCAUAUGGGCAUCCCCAACCGUACUAUCACCCGAACCUCCAACAAAUACCCAUGCAGCCCUAUAUGUCUCCUCCGCCACACUCCCAACCGCAACUGCCGUCAUUUGAGCCAAACCGGGUAAAUGGACGUGUUACUACCAACGGCGGAGCGAAUGGGAAUCGACGCAACAGCAAUGUUAAUGGAACUGGGAAAGGCCGCCCGGGGGCGCCUCCACCUCAAAGAGCAGCCUGGAGUUAUGGCCCUGGUAUUUCAGGGGGCGUAGACUUUCCCUCAACGGCACCAGUGGGUCCAAGGCUCAGCGGUAGUAUGGGGGUAUAUGGGCCAGGUAUGGGGAUGAGAAGGAGCAGUUCUGGUAAUCGAACAACAAGUGGAUCGGGAAGCUCAGCAGGCGAUGAUGUCUCCAGUGUUGCAUCAUCGUCAACGACAUCCUCUUCAUCAAGGCGGACUUAUACUUCGACUGCAUCUUCAACUCAGCAUCAUCCUUUGCCUGCUCGGCCGGACUGGGCGGUGGGGUUGCGACCCAACCCCACAUUACAUACACCCCGACAUCGAGAGCAUGAUGGGCGAGACAAUUCGCGAAGCACGAGCACUAGUGGUAACUCGUCUCCACAUGGUCAUGGCCCGAUUCGACAGCAUCAGCACGACUUAGUUCCGUCAACCAUGACGGACUUCCCGCCACUAUCUAACGGACAAACGUCGAUCAGUGGGAAUGGUUCAGUGCAGCGAGCGCCAGGUGGAGCAUGGACAAACUCUUCGUCAACCCGAUCAAUUGUGAUGAUGCCCGGCCAGCAAGCUGGCACUGGCGGCAGCAAUGGUAAUGCGUUGGUCACGCACGACCCCAAAAUCACAUUAGCGAGGAGGCCAAUGAGUAGUUCAGCCAAGGACAAGGCCCGAGGCGAUGCGGUAGCCAACGCCAUUCUAGUCAACCAGAUUUCUCUCUUGUCGCUAGAAGAGCAAGACAGCGUUGGCCCCCGGUCAUCUCCCUCGCCUAUCUCGAUGCAGGAGGCUGCGGUGUCAUCAGGGUAG